AUGAGAACUACGUUCUUUGAUCCAAUUACGAACCAACAUUACCAGGGAGAACUCCCACGUUCUUCAAAUCGCCAAAUUAGUAAGACGCGGUCGUCAAAUGGUGUCCACCGACCUACAACUCCCAUGAAAGUGGAUGCUGUUCUUGACUCCCGGGGCUCCUCUCCGUCAGUGCAUUACAACCCUUAUGAAAACCCUUCGCCCAGAGAACUUCAGAUGGAAUUAGAGUCAGUACUUCAACAAGACUUCGCAUUUCCUGGCACAUAUCACCAAGUGAUGGAGCAUCUUUCAUGUCCUCACCUCGGACUACGAGUUGAUGGCCUUGAAGACGUCAGCUUACCUUUGAACGAUCAAAGUGCUAGGGCGAUACACGCUUUGGCGGAUUCCAGCAAGAAUGGAUCUGGACGCAGUUUUUUGGAACUGGGUACCGGUUUCUCAUUCAUAAAACCUGAAUGGAAUAUUUGGCUACAAACGAGAAUGAGAGAAGAGCUCUUGCGAAAGGUACUUCCGGAAGACUGUCCUGUAGCAUUCAAACUCUCUAAACUAAUGCUCUGGGAAGCGGACGCCGAUGCCCCGGAACAUUCAUGUAAACCAAUCAGCAAAAGUGAAACGGAAUUUGCGACUAUUGUCGUUGUCCUGCCCUCCAAGUUCUCGGGAGGUAAUGUUCAUUUCUGCAGCCAUGGCUCCAAGCAGUCCUAUCCGACGCAAAGCCGUGCGGAAUGCACAAUGUUAUCCAUCUUCUGGUAUGAUGGGUUGGAUUGUUCAUUCCAACCCAUUAUAUCCGGACGUCGCUUGGCCCUCGCUUAUCGCCUCGUCUAUAUCGGGCAAGGAUCACCUCCAUCAUUGCGCGAGAUGCAAGGCAAAACCAACAAGCUUGGACUAGUCUUGUCAAAGUGGACACGAAUGCGUGCCAUCGAUGUUGUCGACUUGCCAGCUACGGUGGCCUACCCACUUCAGCAUGAUUACCCAAUGGGGAGGCAGCUCUUCCUUCGAGGACAUGAUGGUCACAGACUUCGGCAUCUGAGGACUCACUGUGCAGACUUUGGGAUAGAGGUCGUGGUUGGCGUUAUUAAGCGACGAAGUGCAAACGAAACUAUCAGGCAAGACAAUACCGAAGCUGACUCAAUGGUUGAGGACCCUCCAAAACCUGAAAAGCCCCAGCCUCUUGCCGUCAUCUCCUCGAUAACGAACAUUGAUGGUGCCCCCCUCGCGACAAACCAUAUGAACGUUCUCCACCUCCAUGCGCCAGAUAUUCUGUGUUCCGACCCGCAGUCAUCCUCCAGCUGGGUUUUAGCACUUUAUCACCAGCAGUGUACUGAUUGGAUCAAGAUAAAAAAUGCGCUUCAUGACAAAAAACUUGCCUUUGAGGCGUACCUCAACUUCCUACGUCAGUCUUUAACUAGAGACCUUACGAACCAGCCUCCGCACAUCGUGAAACUAGAGGAACAUGCGCGGGAGCGCAUGCAUAGAUCUCUGCCUCGGACGUCACCCUUCAAUUUAUCUCUUCAAUCUGUAUUGGCAAGCCUUGCAAUUCUUCGUAAUGACUAUGAUUCUUGGAAUAGUGCCACUGUGGCGGCGGGUCACGAUGCGCCCCUGCUACAGAUCCUUAGAAAUGUUCGCUGGCUCGACGCUUGGAAUACCUUUUCAUUAGAGAAGACCUUAGAAACGUUAAAUCAUUGUUGGAGCUUGAGGACUUUUCACGAAUGUAUAUCCGCAGUGGUCGAUAUUGACGCAGAACCAAUUCCCGCACAAGAGGAACGAGCCAAUGGGGUGACCCAGAAAGGCCUACAAAAGUGGACAACAGACCAACUUAAACUAAGGCUUGGUCUCCUGGAUAAUUUGAGAGAGAACGAUGUCGCUCCCUUUAUCAGACUUCUUUUCGCCAAGGGCCAGAAUUUCUUCAUCCAGGAAAUCUAUAACCAUUGUUUCCAUGAAGUCCCAGACUCAGAGUUUUUCAUCGCAUUCAUCAGCACACUAUCCAGAGUUCAUGGGUCUCCUUACCAACAGCUCAUAGAGCUAUGUCUACGGCGACUUUUGGAAGAUUUGAAGCACAUUGCUCGUACCCGCAGUCUUUCUCCUGAACACCAAAGCGCCUUGAAAGCUCGCGGGUUCAUGAUCUAUGACUAUUUUCUGUCUAUACGCCGCCAUCAGGACGUUAUCGACGUCUUGAUCGAGAGCCUCGAUCAGAUCCAGGAGUUGCCAGCCUUCAACGAAACAGCGACGGCGUUCCAUCUUCCACUUGUAGGAGAAAUUCUGUUGAAACGUUUUCCACUGUACAGAAUUCAACCAUGGGAUCCUCCUUUCAAGACCUAUUAUGCACGGCUUGUUUCUUUUCUUGCAUAUUUUUGUCUUUACUAUGAUGGGCGUUCCCUCCUUGAGAUGAAACGGGGCAAGACCCCUCAGAAACGAGUUUUGGACACAUUCUUAUACUCCACCUACUUGGACUCGGCAACUUUCUGUGGACCCAGGUCAGACAUCAAUCUUCUCAUUGGACAGGUCAAGACUACGAAGGUCCUCCAAUACCGACGCCAGCGAGAUUUCCUCCACAUCACAAGGAGCUGUGUGCAAGACCUAUAUCUACACCUCAAGGUUAACACACGCUUCUUCUCAGACUUGCGUGCCUUUGGUGGGAUCGACUCGGUCAACCUGAUCAUGGACGGCUUUGCAGGUGUUGAAGGAGGUGUCGAUGCUCUUCGAGCGCGGUUCGCACUGGACCCUACAAUUCCGCGGCAGGUGAAUCCUCUUCUGCAACCGGGACUUGCCUGCGGUGUCUAUUAUUUCAAAGACGGGGAAUGGGUGUUAACGCACCAGGAGGUUGGGCCCCGCAAUUCAACAGAGAUUUCGGCGCCUGUAUAG